GGCACCCCACCAGCCCAACUCCACGCCACGCGGCCCCCACGCCGAGGGGUUCCGCCGUCGGCCCCGCGCCCACCAACUGCCACCACCCCACUCGCGCCGCCGCCGUCCCCCCUUCCCCGCCCCUCCCCGCUAUCCCGGCCCGCUCUUCCGCCGCCGGCCGGCCGCGCCCCCCACGCGCGCGCCUGAUAUGCUGGUGACGCCCAAGAUGGCUUCCAAGGCCGAGUCGCCCGUCUCCUGCACCCCGCCCAAGCCCUCGCCGGUGGGCGCCGACGAGAUGCGCGCCGUCGCGCGCAAGUUCGCCGACCAGCCCGUGCAGAACCCGGAGCCCGGCGUCUGGGCCGUCCUCACCGCCAUCUCCAAGAAGGCCCGCCUCCGCGCCGAGGGGAUGAACAUUCUUUUGAGUGCUGACGAGCACAUUCUGGGCCGCACGACCGAGAACCCGCGCUUCAGGAUUUCUGUUUUGGCAGUCAGUGGGAAUCAUUGCAAGAUAUAUAAGGACACUGUGAUAGGGGAGCUGCAACGCGAUGAACCUGUGCCUGUUUACCUCAAGGACACGAGCACGAAUGGCACAUAUGUCAACUGGAAUAAGGUUACGAAACGAUCACCUCCAACCAAGCUUAAUCAUGGGGACAUCAUAUCAUUUACCCAACCUCCUCAUCACGAUGCCUCUUAUGCAUUUGUCUAUCGGGAAGUUAAUGCGGUCAGCUGCGUAGGGAAUGGUACUACCAUACUCAAAAGAAAAUCAGGGGAGGUUGGUUCUGAAAGCAAGAGGCUAAAAGGUCUGGGCAUUGGUUCAUCUGAUGGUCCUGUUUCACUAGAUGAUAUUCGAAGACUAGAAAAAUCUAAUGCAGAGCUCAGGGAACAACUCGAGGCACAUGUUGUGACAAUUGAGACAUUGAGAGCUGAAAGCAAAACAGCUGAAGCGCAGCAUGAAAAGGAACUAAAGGAGUUCAAAGAAACUACAUCAAGUUCUUAUCUCGAGCAAACUAAAUCUCUUCAGCUAGCACUAGAGGGGAAACAGAAACAGCUAGAUUCUCUUAGUACAUUAAACACAGAGUUGCAGAAUUCCAUUAAAGAUCUGGAUGAGAGGCUUAGUGCAUCUAAGCAAUCACGUGCUGAUGCUGACGAGAUAAUUCACAGCCAAAAGGUAAAUAUAUGUGAGCUUGAGGAACAGCUAAGCGAGGAGAGAAACUUAAGAAUAGAGGAGCGUGAUAAGGCUACAGAAGACCUUAAAUCUGCGCUGCAUAAAGUACAAGCAGAGGCUCAAGACGAAAUGAAGAGACAGACAGAGGCUUACCUUAAACAACAAAAGGAACAGAAAGAGUUUAUCGUCAAGCUUCAGGAAUCGGAAAAGGAAACCCGUUUGCUUGUGGAAGCAUUGAGGUCCAAGCUGGAAGACUCUCGUGAAAGCCUUGUAACAUCUGAGAAAAAAGUGCGAGAACUGGAAACUCAACUCCAGGAUGAGCAACUCGUGUCUGCUAAAAGUCAAAAGAAAUCUGAUAAUCUGGAAACUGAACUGCGAAAGCUCAAGAAAGAACUUGAAAACGAAAAGCAGGCUGCUCGGGAAGAAGCGUGGGCAAAGGUCUCAUCUCUUGAGCUUGAAGUAGCUGCUACAAUGAGAGAUCUAUCAAUUGAAAAACGUAGGUAUCAAGGGGCCAGAGAAAGAGUUAUUUUACGAGAGACCCAACUGCGUGCUUUCUAUUCAACUACGGAAGAGAUCUCUUCUCUAUUUGCGAAACAGCAGGAACAGCUUAAGGCUAUGCAGAGAACUUUAGAGGACGAAGAGAACUAUGAGAGCACCUUGCUGGGUCUUGAUCUCAAUGAAGUACCAGUAGCAAAUGUGAACACCGAUGUUGCCCGUGCAAAGCCAGUAGACUAUGCAAAAGAUACAAUGUCGGGUGCUUCAGCAGAGAAUACCCAAGCAAGUGAACGUAGUUCCACCGAUGAAGAAAUGACCGAGCAGCAGGACGGUGGUACCAGAAUUGAAGGGGGCACUCAAGACUUAGAGUGCACCAGUCCAGAAAGGACAAUAGAGAAAAUCGGAUCUGAUUCUCAUGGUGACCACACUGCAACAGCUCCUGAGCAAGAGACCGAGCAAGUUCUGGAGACUGAAAGCCAAAUCGGUAAUGUUGGCUGCAAUGAUCAUAAUUCCAUUAACAGCGUUAUGGGGGGAGAGACUUUGCAGCUAGAGGAUGAAAUGCAGGCACAACAAGAAACCGAGGAAUCUAACUUGAUUCCAAAAGAGGGAGGGCGGCCACUAGUUAAUGAGGAACAGCAAUCCCUAACCCUCAAAGAUGGCAUUGGUCAGUGUUCUGAAGGGAAACAUGAGGGCGACUGCUCUGCGAGCAAACCUGACGACACGCAGGAUGGAACUAUUCGCACAGCUGAUCUGUUGGCCUCAGAAGUUGCCGGUAGCUGGGCAGUGGAAACAGGACCGUCUGUCAAUGGGGAGAAUGAGUCCCCGUGCUGCUCGGAAGACGUGGGUGGUGACCCCUCUGAAGGACACGAUGAUGACGCAGGGGAAAGAACAGCAGCUGAUGCCCUGACCAGUUUGGUGAACUCUGAUGGCCACUCAGCGGGUAGCCAGACUAAUGCGGAUGGUCGUCGUGCUAUUAAUCAUAUGAUUGGACUUCUUGAUCCUGAAAAGAAGCUUCCAGGAAACUUCGUUGAAGAUAGUGAGUCUGAUGCUGAGACUCGGGACGGUAGCGAGGCCGGGGAUGCAGAUAUUGACAGUGAAGCCAUGGUUGAGGACUCUGUGGGUUAGGCCUAAAAACAACUGAUUUCCUCGUACAUAUGUCGAUUUUUAAGUUUCUGCACCCUUUGAGUCGGUUUAUGAGCAUUUAUCAUUGUGUCUCCUUGUGCUUCUGACUUCUUUGUAUCACUAGUCCAAUCUGAAAUAUCUAGUUCUUGUUGUUAGUUUUUGGCAUUGCCAUGACAUUCGUUCUAUGGAUUCUUAAAAGGGAAUAUCAUGGCAAUUGUUAUUACUCCAGUUAAGUAGUUA